ACCAUGGGGAAGUGUCGCCGUUCGCAGGGGGAGAGAUUUAACUGUCGCACUGAAGUACGCGGAGGAGAGUUUCGAGGGCAUCUUUACAAUCAAGAACUUCUCAAAACAGACAGAUACACUUUUGAAAUCAUUAGUGUGUAUAAUUAAGCGGUUGUAGCAAUGAAAGUCUAACAGCACUGACUGUUUUAGCGGUCUGGUUAAAGUGUAAUGCCACCUGCUACAUGUAGACUUUGCUUUAAGACAGUGACAUUAGUUUGUGAAUUUAAAAUGCAUAAUGUGCCCAUGUAACCUACAAACUGUGACUUCGUUUAUCAUUAUAAUUAUUACGCAAACGAGGGUAUGAAGUUGAAUGUUCAGUGUGUUUUAUAAUGACAAUGGAGCAGAUUUGUAUUCGCCUGGUCAAAGUUGAUAUGCUGUCCCCCGUAAGAGCACUAAACCGCUUCCCUUCAGUGAUCAGAUGCUGUGCCUCUGCUCGGACUGAUCUCAUGAGGACAAACUCAUCUUCCUCUCUGAAAUCAAGAGGAUCUGUCACUGCUGCUGCUUCAUCUCUCUGUCUGAGAUCAAGAUCAGGACUUAACACCUGCAUAACUGCAUUCAGACCUCCAGCUGAACGGGUGCCGUUGAUCAUUCAGCCCACGCGCGAGUUUCACACCUCCGGCAGACUGAGAGCUUUACCUGCACCCUUGAUAUGGAUGGUGCUGAAGCCUCUACAGAAGCUUAUAGCCAUCAUACUGGGCAGGAGCAUCAGAAAAUGGUGGUUGGCCCUGCCGCCCAAUAAAAAGCAGCUGUUUCGUGAAUGGACGUGGCGUCGACGUUGGCACUUUGUGGGAGCAGGGGCAGGACUGCUGUUCUUCGUCUCCCUCUUUUUACUCACUCACCUGGAUGAAUCUCCAGUUACAGGCAGGACCCGACUGCUGGUGUUCAGCAGGGAGAACUUCAUGGAACUGGCUCAGGUCACUGCGGAAGCGUAUAUGGAGGAGUUUAAGGAUUCUCUGAUCGCUCCAUCGGAUCCCAGGCAUCAGGUGGUGGAGCAAGCGGUUCGGAUUCUGGCCGAGAGAAACCAGGACAUUGCUGAGAUUUCCUCUGUCCCCUGGACGGUCCAUGUGGUGGACGGCCCCACAAUCAAUGCGUUUGUUUUGCCUAAUGGAAAUGUCUUCAUCUUCACAGGAAUGCUGGAGGCUGUAGCAGACAUCCAUCAGCUGGUAUUUAUACUCGGACAUGAGAUGGCUCACGCUCUGAUUGGUCAUGCAGCAGAGCAGGCCAGUUUGUCUCACGUGGUGGAGCUGUUGUCUCUCAUCCUGUUAACGGCGAUCUGGGCGAUCUGUCCUCGGGACAGUUUAGCAGUGCUGGGCCAGUGGAUACAGGGCAAACUAGUGCAGUUCUUAUUUGACCGGCCCUUCAGUCGUAAGCUGGAGGCAGAGGCGGACCAGGUUGGCCUGCAGCUGGCUGCCAAGGCGUGUGCUGACGUGAGGGCGGGCCCAGUGUUUUGGCAGCAGAUGGAGAUCUAUGAUCAGUUGAGAGGCGAACCCACCAUCCCCGAGUGGCUGUCCACACACCCUUCCCACCAAAACCGUGUCAGACAGUUGGACCGCCUCGUCCCUGAGGCUUUGGAGCUCCGCGCAAGCUGUGACUGUCCUGCCCUCCCCAAAGCUGACCCCCGUGUCAUUUUCCACCAGGCUGUUAAAUUGCUUCUGGACAAUGCCAAAAAACAAGAAAAUAUUGCACAAGAGAAAAAGAAUGAGAAAGAGAGAGCUGGAGUCAUAUUGCCGUUCCCUCAAUCCCCUCCUGUCCUGACUCAAGGGUCUCAGCCACAGCGGGGGGGAGUGCUGGCCACAUCCGCUCUGCCACAAACUCUGCUUAGUAAAUGAGACUUGAUGAAUCAUGAGUGACAGGGACAAAUUCAAGCUUUCCUUUUCACUUCUCUUUUUCCAGUGCAGUAGCUCUGAACAAGGCCUGAGAGGGUCAUUGGAUAGAACCAGGCAGUUUUUUGAUCCAUUUGAUUAGCUGUCACUUUGAUACCUACGUCAGUUAGUCUGUGAGAUGUUUUAAGUGGGAGUAUGUAGAUAAUUUGUGUUUGAUUCUUGAGUUUAUGCUCCUCCAAGCAUCCACGGCAGUGCAGUCAUGUUAAUAAUGGAGCAAUUAUAAAUGGGCUUUUGAUUGGUUUUAAUUAUGUUAUUAGCAUAAGACCCUUGUGAAGCAGAAUGCAUUAUGGUGUACAGUACAUUAUUCAUCAAACAUCUGCCUCUGCUUUAAUGUCCCCUAUAGGUUCCAGGCUGUAAUGAACUGCUGCGUAGCAGCUAAUGUCACUGUGUUUGAUGCUGUGCGGAGCUUUGGACACACUGCAAUAUUUAGAGGAUUUAUCAAUGGCCAGCUGGCGCUAAAUGAGCCCAGUGCUUGUGUUCUUGACAAGUGUUGAGUUUAUUCUAAAUGCACUCUGUGUGAAUACUGUGACCGUAAAGAAUAUGACUGUAAUUACGCACAAGAUAAAUGAUUCU